ACGGCAUCCCUUUACGCACAUAGCUCGCCAGGUUUUUCCCAACACCAAUCCACUCUUCCCCUCCUUUUUUCUCCACUCCCCUCUGCUGUCCCCACCCCAGAUUCCCGUGCAAUUUUCCCCAAUCCCAAACACUUAAUUGAGCAAUUGGGAUUCCUCACGUGUGGGCUGAUUUGUAGUUUGAACACGUGGCUCAUUCAAAAAAGCCGGAAUAGCAGAAGAUUUUUUUUUCUAACCCCCUUCUUCUUCUUCUCCUCAUUCUAGGCUCUAGAUUUAGAGGCGGGCACCAGCCUUACCGUGUGUGACAUUCUCUGUCUCUUUACCAAGGGGUUUGGAGGAAGACACAACAUAGUUUCUCCUCCUUUUCACCCAGCCCGCCAUCGUUUGGAGACACGAGAUUAAUAAUUGAGCAUUUAUUUAUUGCGCGAUAGAGACAGAGGGGCGAGGGAGAGCAAACGCACAGUGAGGCUGCCAGUUUAAAUCUAUCUGUGGCUCGAACGACCGGGAGGCACGCCACCGCCACUCCGUAAUAGUAAAGGCGAUUUAGGCUACUCCAAACCCUGCACACCCGUGAGAGCAAAUAACUAUCUCUCCCUCAGCGUAAAGAUUGUCCCUUUUCGGCACAGAACAUGAAUAAGCUAUACAUUGGCAACGUGAGCGCUGAGGCGAGCGAGGAGGACUUCGAAACUAUCUUUGAGCAGUGGAAGAUUCCGCACAGUGGUCCGUUUCUUGUCAAAACUGGCUAUGCGUUUGUGGAUUGCCCGGACGAGAAAGCUGCAAUGAAGGCCAUCGAUGUUCUUUCAGGUAAAGUUGAACUUCAUGGGAAAGUUCUCGAAGUGGAGCACUCGGUCCCUAAACGUCAAAGGAGCUGUAAGCUGCAGAUCAGGAACAUCCCCCCUCACAUGCAGUGGGAGGUUUUGGAUGGUAUGCUUGCUCAGUAUGGUGCAGUAGAGAGCUGUGAACAAGUAAACACUGACACAGAGACUGCAGUAGUCAACGUUCGAUAUGCAGCCAAGGACCAGGCCAGGCUGGCGAUGGAGAAGCUGAAUGGAUCUAUGAUGGAGAACUAUGCCUUGAAAGUAUCGUAUAUCCCAGAUGAGACGGCUGCACCAGAGGGUCCUUCAGUGGGGGGCAGGAGAGGCUUUAACACCCGUGGAACCCCUCGUUCCGGUUCUCCAGGUCUGGGUGCCCGGCCCAAAUUGCAGUCAGACAUCCCGCUGCGCAUACUGGUUCCCACACAGUUUGUAGGGGCAAUUAUCGGCAAGGAAGGUGCCACUAUCCGCAACAUCACCAAACAGACCCAUUCAAAGAUUGACAUCCAUAGAAAAGAAAAUGCAGGUGCAGCAGAGAAGCCCAUCACAAUUCACUCCACCCCUGAAGGUUGUUCGAACGCUUGUACAACAAUCAUGGAGAUCAUGCAGAAGGAAGCCCUCGACACAAAGUUUACUGAGGAAAUCCCACUGAAGAUACUUGCACACAACAACUUUGUAGGAAGAUUAAUUGGGAAGGAAGGACGCAACCUGAAGAAAAUCGAGCAAGAUACGGGGACCAAGAUCACAAUCUCACCUCUCCAGGACUUGACUCUGUACAACCCAGAGCGGACCAUCACAGUGAAGGGCUCUAUCGAGGCCUGCGCAAGAGCAGAGGAGGAGGUGAUGAAGAAGGUCAGGGAAUCAUAUGACAGUGACAUGGCUGCCAUGAACCUCCAGUCCAACCUGAUUCCAGGCUUGAAUCUGAACGCUUUGGGUUUGUUCCCCAGUGGCGCACCAGGCAUGGGUCCCUCCAUGUCCAGUGGACCACCUCCUGGAGCCCACGGUGGAUGCUCAUCAUUUGGACAGGGACACCCAGAGUCGGAAACGGUUCACCUGUUCAUCCCUGCGCUUGCGGUGGGAGCCAUCAUUGGAAAACAGGGUCAACACAUCAAACAGCUGUCACACUUUGCUGGAGCUUCAAUCAAGAUUGCCCCUGCAGAAGGAAUGGAUGCCAAACAGAGGAUGGUCAUCAUCAUUGGACCGCCAGAGGCUCAGUUUAAGGCUCAGUGUCGCAUAUUUGGCAAGCUUAAGGAAGAGAAUUUCUUUGGACCGAAGGAAGAGGUGAAGCUGGAGGCUCACAUCAAGGUCCCUUCCUUUGCUGCUGGACGAGUCAUUGGGAAAGGUGGAAAAACGGUAAAUGAGCUGCAGAACCUGACCUGUGCAGAGGUGGUGGUACCCCGGGACCAGACGCCUGAUGAGAAUGACCAGGUUAUAGUAAAGAUCAGCGGACACUUCUUUGCAUGCCAGCUUGCCCAGAGAAAGAUCCAGGAGAUCCUGGCCCAGGUGAGGAGGCAGCAGCAGCCUAAGCCCACAUCUGGAGCCCAACCUCCACAGCCCCGCAGGAAGUAAAAGCUCCAGCAGACCUGGAGGAAUGGUGACUGAAUCUGCCAGAAGACUCGACCGAUGCAACGGAGUCCAGGGGGAGAAGACAAGGGGUCAUAAUGCUCAUCUCAGGGUGUCAAAGGUUAUCAGAACCCAACCAAACAUCCACCCCUCCUUGUCUUACUUGAUUAACUACAAGUGUGGCUAAUAAGGGACCUCCACCCACCUCACCUCUGCAUCUCUGUGAGAAUGUACUUCUGGGGGCUCCCAACGACGUCACCUGCCCUCACAUGUACGCACCCUUCGACUGCUCUCCUUCUCUACCCCCCCCGCCCCCCCCCCCCCAUGGGUGUGUUUUUAUUUUUGUUUUUUUGUCCUUUUUUACACUAGAAACACGAAGAAAUAAGGAUCCCCCACCUAUCGCCUCCUUGGUGUGGUACUUCAAACCUGACAAGAUGUUUUGGUUGACUUCAGAUUUUCUUUUUUUUGUUUAAUUGGUUGGUAAAGCUUCCACAUGAGUUUUCUGUGGAAGUGAAAAGGCAUUGCUAUCAGGUCCUGGUUGGACUAACAGAGGUUUAUUUUGGGGGAGGGUUGGCUCAGAUUGGGUGGGCCAUGUUUAGGGAAAGAUUCUUGUUUCAGGACAGGAACCCUGAAAGGGUGGAUUAUAUUGGGCGUCCUGCCCCUGUAAUGAUAGUGGCAUUUUAUAAAUUUAGAUGCAUUUUAUAGAUAGACCUAUAUACAUGAUGAAUAUAUAUUUAGAGGUGAGGGCAGCGCCACGACUGACACUUAGGGAAACUGUGCCGAACUGCUGCUGCCCAGGAAAACCAAUUUAAUAUGCAUUUUACUUAACUACCUCAGGAUCUAGUACCUCAGAAGAGAAAAGAAAAUGAUUAUAUAUAUAUGAAAAAAAAUGUUCCUUUUCUUUUUUUAUUUUGCUUUUGUGGUAUUUUGUAUACUUUAUAAAGCUGAUAGUCUUUGAACAUUUUUAUUUUUUUAAGAAAAUUUAAAAUUUGGUCAGCUGCCAACUGACCUUGCCUUCAACUCUGGUGCUUUAGGUGGCAUUGUUCAUGUGUAUGUGUGACUUAAGAUGACCCUGUACAUAAUCUUUGUACAUAGCAUCCCCGGAGCAAGAGUUGGCGCCCCCUCAGCUGGCGGCUGACAGGAGUGUCGAGAAAAUCGCCUCAGUUUUUCCCCUGAGGGUCCACCAUUUUCUGAAAAAAAGUACAAAACAACUAAGACAUGCAAAUAAUGCCAACCGUACAUCAUUGCAGCAAUGCCAUUUUAGUUUUGGAAUUUACAUUAUUGGUAACGUCAAUUUGUCACAAAAAAAAUUGUGGUCAGUGUGGACUGUAAUGGUCCUCUCUCUUGCUGCCCUACUGUCAGCAGAGCAUCAUAUAUAUUUUUUUUUUUUUUCUGUUCCUUUCCCAGGCCAUUUGCCACCUUUUUGACGAUGGCGUCUUAGCAAGGUUCAAGCCCGACUAGUUUAUUUUCAUAGAGCAAGCUUUGUCAGUUCGGAGUGGCCCUUAUAGCGAGGCCAUAAAGUCAAUGUUAACAUUGUUCAUUGCAUGGUGAGGGUAGGGGGAGUAACACUGAGACACUUUUUUCCCUUUGUUUUUUUUUGUGUUUUUUUUGGCGCUAUAGGAAAAUGAUUUCAACAAUUCAUUCUCUGUAACCCACAAAUGUAACUUGAUGUUUCAAAUUGUUCAGAAAAGAACAGAAAAGGCACACAAAAUACUGAAUGAACCCUGACUUGGGGGUAAGAAAAGAGGAAAGGAAUCCAAAACUUAAAUAUACAAUUUAUUUCAUUUGUCUCUUCAUGCCGAAUGUAAAUAUGUUGAUUGUGGUAGAAGUGCUCGAGUGUAUCCAUGCUUCCACAGAACGCCGUCUACCUCAGCUGAGGGGGUGGGGGGUUGUUGUGGCACGAGGCACCCAACCCUGCCCCCACUGAGUGCCAGUGCGCACUAAUACCUCAGUCCCCCUAACUCUUCUUUCUACAUGGGCGCGCCAUCCUGACAUCACGCUUAACUGAGGGGCACGAGUGAUACUUAAAAAUAUCCCCGACACCUCCCCGAUUCCCUGCUUCCUUCCUGCCAAACCACCCUCCCCAUCCCUUUCCCCUCCUCCGCAGUUUGUUUUGAUCUACCUCUUUAGACACGUAUUUGAAGUAGAGGCAUUCUUCUACGUAUUUGUUAGAAUUUAGCCCCCCACCCCCUCCUUUUUGCCUCCCCAUGCUUCCCCUGAUAUGAAAUGAAAACUUAAAACUAAAAUCAUGUACUCUUUAGAAUUGAGAGAAUAAUGAAAGUGAUCAAAAUAUUUUCUUUUGCCAGUGUUUAUAUAUACUCUUUUUGGCUUAAUUGAAAUUCUCAAACGAUUAUUUCUUUCUGCUUUCUAUUUUUGGUGGUGUGGCUUACAUGUAUUUGAACUUUUGCUUGGCUUUUUUGUGAAAAAGGUCAAAUCACGUGUUUGAUUUUGCAUUCAAUAGUUAAUACAAAAAAAUAACCGUUUAAAAAAAAAAAAAAAAAAAAGGGCCUGCCUUUUUUGUUUCUGAUUUGUAAGAUUUCAAAAUAGAUAAAAGUCCUGUCUUUUUUCCCUUUUGUCUUUCACAGAUGCUACUCACUUGCUGAUUUGGUAGCCAUUUUCUUCUGUUAGCAUUUCUUGGCUGUGUAAUGUGGAACAUCCUCCUGGUAUGAGAUGGAUAUAAGGGACUGGGUCUCUGAGUUUAUUUGGAAAAGUGAUCUAACUUCAGCAUGAUAUUCCCUUCUUACCCUCUCUGCAACCAUGAUUGUGCCCCUUCACCUCCCCUUCACACACAGCUCCACUUGUCAAAUGCCUCUGAAUAAAAAAAAAACAAUUUAAAAAAAUUA